GAUCUUGAUCUCCAAAUGAGCAAAUAUAUAAACAGAACUCUCUUUCCGGCGCCAGAUCCAACGAACAGGGUGGGCAUUUCAUGACACGCUUUCGCAACAAGGUUUCAUAAGUUGAUAACCAGUCUCCAUUUGCACUCUUCUAUGUUUGGAGGAGGGGGCUUGGUGACAGCUCCUGUUAGAAGCCCUCAUCUCCGUAAAUCUGGGAGCAGAGCUGUUGUAUAUGGUCUUGACGAGUUGGAAGCUGGUGCCGAAGAGUCGGAAAUGAAAGGGGUCACCGCUCAGUUGAGCACUGCUGCCAUAUUACCAUCUCCUAUUCUGCUUUGGAGAUUGAAGGUAAUAUUGUUUUUCUUUUGGGGCCUCACUUGCUUGAAGAUAGGAUGGGAUUCAGUUAUGAGAAUGAGUAUAGACGUGCGGGAUUUAUUUCUUUACGAGGCCUUCUUAUAUUAUAAUCCUCUUCUUCUUGUGACUUUGAUGGUUUGGCUUUGGGGAGUAAAUCUAUGGGUAUUUGCUCAGUCUAAUAUUGGUUAUGCUAAAAUUUUUGACAUUGACCAGACUCACCUUACUCAUAGAGAAAUAUGGAAGUGUGCUACGUGGAUGACGAUAAUUGUUCCAACAAGCAUGACAGCCUACCUAUAUUUCUAUUCUCAUGGUGAAGUUAAUUUGGCUGCCUUCCAACCAGUGUUUCUAUAUGUUGUUGCUGCAUUUCUUAUCAUAUUUCCCUUUGAUAUUUUUUAUUUGUCAUCCCGCUACUUUUUGCUGAGAACAAUCUGGCGGAUCGUUUUACCCCUACAAGCAAUAACAUUUGCUGAUUUUUUCUUGGCUGAUAUUUUGACCUCUAUGUCAAAGGUAUUCUCAGAUUUGGAACGAUCAGUCUGUAGAAUGGUCCACAGACAGGUUGCUACAAUUGCAUGGUUUGAGGCUGAUUCUGUCUGUGGAAGCCACUCUGUUGCAAUCCCUAUUGUUCUUGUUUUACCCUACAUUUUCCGGUUUUUCCAAUGUCUUCGACAGUAUUCAGACACGAGGGAGAAAACUACCCUAUUGAAUGCAUUGAAAUACUCCACUGCAGUGCCUGUGAUUUUUCUCUCAGCACUUAAAUACCAUGUCUUCCCUGAUAAAUGGAAAAGUAUUUAUCGACCUCUGUGGCUUCUAUCGGGAGUUUUGAACUCUUUAUACUCUUUCUAUUGGGAUGUAUCCCGGGAUUGGGACUUGAGUUGCUUCACCAGGAUCUUCAAGUUCAAUAAAUCGUCUCCAGUCUCCCACAUACUAUAUGGCCGGAAAUGGGUAUUUUUCUGGGUGAUAGGAAGCAAUUUGAUAUUGAGAUGCACAUGGACAUAUAAGCUUUCAGCUCAUCUCCGACACAACUACUUGACUGUAUUUACGAUUUCUGCCUUGGAAAUAUACCGUAGGUUUCAAUGGGUAUUUUUUCGAGUAGAGAAUGAAUGGAAUAGAAUGAACUCGAAGUCUUCGAGCAUGCAGACUCCCAUGAGUGAUAUCUCAAUGGAGGAAGAGAAAUUGCUCGUCGCUAAUGAACACGAUGUAUGAGAUCGAGAGAUUUGGGGAUUUUUGUGAAUGUGCAGAUGAAAAGGCUGAAGUUGCUUUGUUCCUGAUCUUAAGCUAUCUUGAUCAUUAUUGAAAAGACUAGCAAAAACUUGUGCCUGUUUGGAACAAUUGAUGAUAUAUUGUUAUUUUGAUUCUUAUAUAUUAUAUCAGCUGUGUACAA